GAUGACAUAUCAUCUCUUUACUCUUUUCUUUUUGUCAAUUCUUCAGUCUGUCAACUCGUUAUUCCUUUGUUAUGGCGUCGACCUUUUCAUUAUACCGUUUCGAAACCUCAAUUUGUCGGUGCAAGUCUAAUUCAAACUUACCUAUCUUUUCUUUCUGACAAUGAAAUUGGUCGAUUGAUCGAUUCUGGAAUUCAACUGCGUUCUAUUUAUAAGCCUUCGUUUAAUUAUGCAAAACAUAUUCAAGAAUUUGAUUCUUAUAUGGUAGAAAGAGCCAUCAAAGAUUGGAUGCUCAUAAUGAAUCCUCGUUAUUCUGACUCUAUACACAAAAUACAAAUCAUCAAUCAAGUUUUAAGUAAUAUGCUUUUUCGUCACUCUGGGGGCCUAAAUAUUUUGACCAUUAAUCCUGAUUAUGAAGAUGAAAAAAUCUUUUUCGACCUCUCUCAGUUUCCGGGUGCAAGAGAUGCUUUAUCUAAAAUUCGAAAUUUCAUAUUAGAUUAUCAUGUGCGUUAUGCUUCUUCCGAGGCUGGUGUUUCAAAACUU